AUGGGUCAAUUGUAUUCCUUUAUAUACAGUACAAGUAUAUUCAUGUCAAGCAAGAGUAUCUACGGUGAGACGUUUCCUGAUGAGAACUUUGAAUUGAGCCAUGUUGCACCUGGUUUGCUGUCCAUGGCUAAUGCGGGACCAGACACCAAUGGCUCACAAUUCUUUAUCACACUUGUCAAAACUCUGUGGCUUGAUGGCAGACAUGUUGUAUUUGGAGUGGUUUUAGAUGGAAUGGAUAUUAUACGGAAAAUUGGGAAGGUCAAUACAAACAAUAGAGACAAACCAAUUGAAGAUGUUACCAUUGCUGGUAGUGGGAGUCUAGAUGUUGAUGAACCUUUUGAUGUAUCUUUGGAAAGGAAUAUAGUUUGAUCUAAAUAAACUCUGUGUUUAGAAAGGAUCCAUCUCAAAACAAACAUACAAUUUUAACACCUUUAGUCAACUAUCACUGGCUUUAAAUAAAACAUUUUACAUUUUAAUUGUCUCGUCGACA